CCGCACUGUAAACCGUAGAUGGACACAAACUCUGAAUGAGCUGAAUUUGGUUAUAAAUUUGUUUACAAAUGGCGAACGACUUACAAAGCCAGUUAGCACUCAUUAUGGCACUUUCAACCAGUCAUUGAUAAUUACGGGCUGACUCUAUAGGUGUCCCUUGUUUCAAAUAGAUUAAUUUUCAUGUACAAAAACAUUGGAUAAUUGUCGCAUGUAUUUUGCGAAAAUGAAUUAUUACUUGAGUGAUAGAUGGUACUGUCGAAUUUAAAUGAAUUUCGGGAAUUCUGAAAAGUUCCUUCCGAGAUUUUAAGUUCGGGAUUGACAUUCACAUAUCUCUGUACACAAUGUUAUGUUAAAAUAUUUUAAUCUUUGUAUGUAUGUAGGCGUGUUAUUAUCGUUAAGUCUGAGAAAUGAAUGACUUUUUUGUCAUCAUUCUCAUUCAAAUCGACAAGGAAUUGUACUCGUACCGUCACCAAUUAACAUUUUAACGAUAGAAACUUCAAUAGGAUAUAGAAUUUGCAUCCUUACGACGUCAAGUGUAAAGUUAGAGUUUUUUUUUUUCGGUUUUCGCACCAGAAAUCCUCAUAUUUUCAUCUUUAGGUGUGCGGAAAAUAACGCGCAUUAAUUAUGAAACUGAAACGAACGAGAGAUUAGAUGCCACCUGCCAGCAGAGAGAAAAAACUUUCUUGGUGAAAUGAUUAGUUUUAGAGCAAAGGUUAGGCCUGUUGUCAAUUCUAGAGACACCACAGAUAUUAUGAUCUAGCGUCAAGGAAGCCGUAUAACAAUACUGAUCGACGAAACACAGUACGAAAUUCUCUUUGAAUCAUUCUAUAGUCUGUUUUUAUUCGCCCUAACGAUUAAAUAGCAGCUUAGAUACAUCAUGAGUAAUUUACUCAUUGAGGAAAAGACUCCUGAUUCUUAAAGGAAAACCGACGUGUGAUCGAGGAGUUCAUUAUCUGUUAAUUUUUUGACGUUCUCCUGGUUCGACCGGUCUUUAAUGUCAUAGACUGAAUUUGUUUUGGUAUAGCUUUAACAACAACAACAAAAAAACCCUAGCUGAACUAUUUUAAAGAACCAACUAAUUUUUUUAACCAUACUUUAUAUAAAUUACAAAGGAGCGUCUCCUAACUAACCACACCAUUUACAAUAUAUUUAACCUGGGCCCAUGCCCUCCUGAACAUCUCGAUACAAACUCGCAGUAAACACCGCUAUCUUUGAAUGUCAUCGAAACUCUAUAUUGUGGGAAAGCUUUUACAAUAAACCAUAAAAGCGCUAUAAAGCCUUUUUAAACAGUCGGUUUGCCGGCCACAACUACUAAAAUUACUGAGUCACCAACUGCUUAUGUUAGUAUAUAAAGCACUCUAGAAGGUUCCAGAAGCUUAAAAAUAAACACUCUUGUAACAUUAAAUCAUUCUUGCAUCAAUUACUAGAAUGUUCUAAAAAGUUCCAGAGUAUUAUAUCAGAAUUUAUUAGAGUCCACAUAGCAUGACUAAGCUCUCUAGAAAAUUUCCAGAAGCUCCUUAUUUACAUAGCAAGUUAUAAAUUGAAUUUUAUGUAAUUUUAUAGUUCGAUUAUUGGACUGCAAAAUUAAGCUGGAACUUGUCGCUGUCAUUGUAUGUUUCUCUGGAAUCGACAAAAGCUAGAGCCAUUAAAUAAGGAAAGUGCGCGAAAGUCUUUCUUGAUUUUUUUAUCUCAACAUAACUUGCUACCAUGAUUCCUAAUUUCUUGCUUUUAAGCAUUUUUCUUUGUUCUUCCAUAUUUUUUUUUGGGCUGAAAUAAAGUCUCUUGACGUUUCGGUCACUUUUGCUGGUCUCCUUCAGGUUGAAUGUCAGAUUCGCAUUUCUACUUUUAAAUAACACAUUUUGAGUUAAAUCAUCUUAUCUUUAUUUGUUAUGGUGAUAGGACUUAAUGGUGUCCAAUUCAUUUAUGUUUAGAGAAAUUCUGUAUUUAUGUAAAGAUAGUAGUCACUAAUUCUAGAAUGUCCCAGUUAUUAACUGCUCUCUCCGUGGUCGUUGGGUGUGCAUAGAACUGAAAGAGUACGUCAACUAGAUUGUGACGUUUUAAGUUCGCGCUUCCUUUUGAGACGUUCUUUGUCAAAGCAAAGUAUGUUUUUUCCGUGUUUUCAUAGCCUAAUGUAAUGACUCGAGAGGUUGGGACAAUCAUCGAAAAUUAUCGACCUCUCAAGUGAUAGGACACCUGUCCAGUCUUGUUUAUAACUGGUGAAUAGUACCAGUUUCAAGCGGGAAACUUCCUCACUGUUCACAAGUUGAACCGGAUCUAUUUUGGCUGGAAGCCCAGCUUGACACAAAAUGUCAAGUAAAGCAAAUUCGUGGCGUCUCAAUAGCAAUUUUCAACUUCUUACUGCUGAUAAAUUAGAUUAUGGAUCAUGGGAGUUUCUUAUAUGUUACCCUAAAGCCUGGGAUUGUAUCCUCAUUGCCUAAACCCUAGGAUUGUACCCUCUUAGGUUGGCCUUAAGAUAGAGCAAAUCAAAGGAAGUAUUUCCACCAUAGGAAACGAUUAAAAGUCAGGCGCCUGUCUAAUUUGGAGAUAGACAUUGUAAUGGACCAAAUUAAAAAAUGUUUUCAUUGGCUCACAAUGAAAUGCUGUCAAGAAAUGUCCCUUAAAUAAACGUUCGUAAAUCAAAAGUAAAUAAAAAGAGGGAAAAAAUUAAAGAAACUGAAUGACAUUGUCAUGGACUGAAUUCAAAAAUGUUUUCAGUUAACUUGACUCACAAUGAAAUGCUGCCAAGAAAAGUCCCUUAAAAUAAACAUUCGUAAACUCGAAGUAAAUAAAGAGAGGGAAACAAUUAAAGAAACUGCAUUCGAAAUGACGAAUCCCUCCGGCUAGAGAUUUUUCCUGGAUAAAGCUAAAUUAUAAAGAAAAAUUUGAGAACCAAGGGUCAUGUUUUCACCCCGAAGCCAAAGGUUCACCUCGAAGUAUGAUUGAGAAGAAUGGAACAUUGGGUAUAUGCAUUUAAAUAGUCAAGCGAUAAGAGCUGACAAAGCGAGUGAAUAGUGGUUGGUUGAAGCGUACGCUAUUGUGGGCACGACACGAAUUAACACGAAUAAUGACAAGUGGAGAGUUACAUGCAAUACUUGUUCCAUUCGGUAUAACCUUUUACUCUAUAGUUUUCUUGCUGUCAGUUUUGGGAAAUUUUAUUGUCCUCUCAAUUUGUUACCGAUCAAUAAAAAGAAAGGUGGGUUCAUUAAAAUGGUUUAUCGCUAAUUUAGCUGUUGCUGACCUGACGUUUGUGUUCCUGUCUAUACUGGACCUCGUUAGUUAUUUAUCACGUACAUGGGUUGGAGGUCAGAUCUCUUGCAAACUGCAAAGUUUUUUCAUCGAGGCUUGCUACACAGUAUCCAUAACAACUCUGUCUAUUAUAAGCUUUGAACGACUCAAGGCAGUGGUCGAGCCACUUCAUACAAUAACGAUUACUCCAGCGCGUAUUUAUGGAAAGCUUAUCGCCACCUGGAGCAUGAGUGUGGUUAUAGCCUCGCCAUUACUUUUUGCCUACCAAACCCAAACCGAUGCCAACGGGAAGGUUUCCUGCACCAACAAUAAAUUUGGAGAUUUGGGAAGACAAGUCUAUUAUGGCAUUCAUACGAUUUUCUUUUUCUUCGUCCCUCUAGUCUACAUGAUUUAUGUCCAAAGAAAAAUCUUCAUAUCUUUACGCUCGAGCACCAAGGUGUUCCCAAAGCAAAACAGUUUUACAACAGUGCGCUCUAAACGGCAUCUCAAGGCGGCGAAGCCACUAUUUGUUCUAACUAUGGCAUUUGCUGCCUGCUGGUCGCCCUUCAUCUGUGUGCGAGGGCUCAUUUACAUUCAUCUCGCAGAUGAAGGUUAUAUCUGGAGAGCAUCCCAGCUUUUAAUUUUCCUGAACACGAUGUUAGAUCCAAUUCUUUACGGUAUCUAUGGGGAACGUGAGAACUUCAAGGCAAUUUUAAAACGUUUUAUUCCAUGUGCCAAAUGUCAAACCCGUGCUCUGGAAGAACUCAGUCGGUCCACUCAAAGCCAAAUGGCAACUAACAAUGAGAAAAACUGUUACCCAUGGCCAGGUCUGUUAAUAGAAUUAUAUGAAUAGAAGUCAGUCCUACGCCGAAUUAAACCAAACAGUGGCACAUGAGCCGCAGGCGUGUGCAUCAUCAGUGUUCUUUCCAAAUUUUGGUGUUUUCUACGAUUUGUUACUACAUAAAUCUAUGGAAACAGGAAUCACGGAAACUAUUUAAAAGACAUGUUUUUUAGCUAAUUUUGUAGAGAGGUUAUUUACAGGCCUCCAAAAUAUUUCAGGAGUAACCUUAGGAAACGAUCAUUUUAGAAAUUGAACACAAAGUUACAAUGAAAGUUACCAAAAGUAUUUAAACUUCUUCAGAUACAUUGUUUAAGUUCUGGCCUUAGAACUGCCUUUUUUUAGCUCAAAAAUGGCUGCAGGCUCACCUACAUUAUCGGCAACUUUACAUGGGCGAUCCUGAAUAAUAUCAAGACCAUUUUCGAAAUUGUACAGCAUUUUGAACCAAAGAGAGAUAACCAUUUUUAGAUGACGUAAGUACUAGGCUUGUUCUUUAAUAAAUUUUGGGAAGGAGCAAUCACAGAUCGCGUAGUAUCUAAAUCAAGUCUUAGUAUGAACAAUCAAUUUUGAUUUUACACGAGGUUGAAGUUCUUAGAAUGUAAAACCGCCAUCUUGAUCUUGUCUUCACUGUUUCCUGGAUUUUUGGGCUAAUAAGUAUCAGUAAACCUCGAGAAAACAC